AUGGCCUCCAGGCUGCUUAUCGCACGGGGGGCUUCCCUUCGCCCAUCGCUGGCGCUGGCCCGACACGAAGCGAGGGAUUUCAGCGCUCGCCACAUUGGACCUCGCGACGAUGAAAUCCAGGAGAUGCUCAAGGCGCUUGGCCCUGGUGCCGAGACUCUGGAUGCCUUUAUUUCCCAGGUCAUUCCUGCGGAUGUCCUGGAUCCGCCCAAGAAGACGAUCCAGGAUCGCGUCUUUAGCGAAUCUGGAAUUGUCAAGGCCUUCAAGGCCAUGAAUGCGUCCAACGACAUCCGCGUGUGGAUGAAUGGAGGAGGUUACUACCCCGUUGAAAUCCCGGCCGUUAUCAAGCGAAACAUCCUGGAGAACCCGGCUUGGUACACCAGCUACACUCCCUACCAGCCUGAGAUCAGCCAGGGUCGUCUAGAGUCCCUCCUCAACUUCCAGACCAUGAUCUCCGACCUGACCGGCCUUCCCGUCGCCAAUGCCAGUUUGCUUGACGAGGGAACUGCUGCCAGUGAGGCCAUGACCAUGUCUCUGACCAGUCUCCCCGCCUCGAGGCAGAAGCGACCCGGAAAGACGUAUGUGGUUUCUCACUUGGUGCACGACGCUACCAUUAGAGUCAUGCAUGGCCGUGCUGAAGGAUUCGGAAUUCACAUUGAGGUCCUGGAUCUGGCUUCCGCAGAUGCCCAGAAGAGGAUCAAGGCUCUCGGCGAUGACUUGAUUGGUGUCAUGGUUCAGUAUCCCGACUCCAACGGAGGUGUUUCCGACUUCCGGGAGCUCGCUGAGCUUGCUCAUGCGCAGGGCACCCUGCUGAGUGCCGCCACCGAUCUCUCCAACCUGACUCUCCUCACGCCUCCCGGCGAGUGGGGUGCUGACAUUGCCUUCGGAAACGCUCAGCGAUUUGGUGUUCCUUUGGGCUAUGGUGGUCCUCACGCUGCCUUCAUGGCUGUUCAGGAGGGCAGCAAGCGCCGUCUCCCCGGCCGCUUGAUUGGUGUUUCCAGGGACCGCCGCGGCGACCGAGCCCUCCGUUUGGCUCUGCAGACCCGAGAGCAGCACAUUCGACGAGAAAAGGCCACCAGCAACGUUUGCACUGCCCAGGCUCUUCUGGCCAACAUGUCGGCCAUGUAUGCCAUUUACCACGGCCCUGAGCAGCUCAAGGAGAUGGCCAUCAACAACCUCCGACACGCCCGCAUGAUUCAAGCUGCCGCCCACCACUACGGAUUGAACGUCUCGACCCGCUCCGUUGACCACAACGGCAAGGUUCUCUCCGACACUGUCUCUCUCUACUUCGACGAGCCUGUUGUUUGCCGGUCUCUGCGCCGUGAGCUGAUGGAUCAGGGCAUCAGCAGCGGCAAGACCUGGUCCCCCAACGAGCUUGUCCUGGCGGUUCCCACCACUUUCACUCUCAAGCUCUUUGUUCGCAUCGUCAAGGCUUUCCAGACCGUUGCCUACAAGAACCACAGUGACGCCGACCUCGAUGUUUCCAACAAGUGCUGGAAGGAAGGAUUCGCGCAGUCAUCGGAGGAGCUUGUCAAGAGCUUUCCCGAGUCUGUUCGCCGAACAUCCAAGUUCCUGACUCACCCGGUUUUCAACUCCCACCACAGCGAGACUGAGAUGCUGCGCUACAUGCAUCACCUCCAGUCCAAGGACCUGUCCCUUGUUCACUCCAUGAUUCCCCUCGGAUCUUGCACCAUGAAGCUCAACGGCACUACCCAGAUGGAGCUCAUUGGUACCGAAACCGCGGCCAACAUCCACCCCCAUGCACCCUACAGCUGCGCCAAGGGCUACCAGAGGCUGUUUGACGCCACCUCUGCCCAGCUGGCUGCCCUGACCGGUAUGGAUGCCACAUCUCUGCAGCCCAACUCGGGUGCUCAAGGUGAAUUUGCCGGUCUCCGAGCCAUUCGCAAGUACCACGAGCAGCAGCCCGGCAACAAGCGUGAUAUCUGCUUGAUUCCCGUCUCUGCCCACGGCACCAACCCUGCGUCCGCCGCCAUGGUCGGCAUGCGCGUUGUCCCCAUCAAGUGUGACACCAAGACCGGCAACCUCGACUUGGAGGAUCUCGAGGCCAAGUGCAAGAAGCACGCUUCCGAGCUGGGUGCCAUCAUGAUCACAUACCCUAGCACAUACGGUGUUUUUGAGCCUCAGGUCCGAAAGGUCUGCGACAUUGUUCACCAGUAUGGUGGUCUCGUCUACAUGGACGGCGCCAACAUGAACGCCCAGAUCGGUCUCACUUCCCCUGGCGCCCUCGGUGCUGACGUCUGCCACUUGAACUUGCACAAGACCUUCUGUAUCCCCCACGGCGGUGGUGGCCCUGGCAUUGGUCCCAUCUGCGUUAAGAAGCACCUUAUCCCUUACCUGCCCCACAAGAGCACCCAGACACCCGUCUCCAGUGCCGCCUUUGGCAGUGCCAGCAUCGUCCCCAUCAGCUGGGCUUACAUCUCCACCAUGGGUGACGCGGGUCUGCGCAAGGCUACCACUGUUGCUCUUCUCAACGCCAACUACAUCUUGACCCGUCUUAAGGACCACUACCCCAUUCUCUACACCAACGACCAGGGUCGCUGCGCUCACGAGUUCAUCGUUGAUGCUCGCCCCUUCCAGAAGACGGCUGGCAUCGAGGCUAUCGAUAUUGCCAAGCGUCUCCAGGACUACGGUUUCCACGCCCCCACCAUGAGCUGGCCUGUUCCUAACACGCUCAUGAUCGAGCCCACUGAGAGUGAGAGCAAGGAGGAGCUGGAUCGCUUCAUUGAUGCCAUGAUUAGCAUCCGCAACGAGAUUCGUGAGAUUGAGGAGGGCAAACAGCCCAAGGAGGGCAAUGUGCUCAAGAACUCGCCCCACCCCCAGAGGGACCUGAUCCUCGGCGACGCAGAGGGCAAGUGGGACAGACCUUAUUCGCGAGAGAAGGCAGCUUAUCCGCUGCCGUAUCUUCUUGAGAAGAAGUUCUGGCCUACGGUUGGCCGUGUUGAUGAUACUUAUGGCGAUACCAACCUGUUCUGCACAUGCCCCCCUGUUGAGGACACCACCGGUUCUGCUUAAAUCACUAGACACGACUCCAUCGCGGGAGAAUCUCAUCACCCGCCACUUUUCUUCCGAACAUUCUAGCAUUACUUCAGUAAAUAUCACGACAUAAUUAGACUUUUUUGACCAGAGUAAAUCCUUUCCACCGGAUUUUCUUUUCAUGGCCAAAACAACAAACUUGGGAGGGACAAAAAGGGGGGAACCAACAUUUCAACAUGGUUUUUUAACAUAAAAAACGUACGGCGCAUAGCGGGGUAAAAAAGAGAGAAAGAAACGAAAGACAUACAAUUUUUUUUUUUGGUUUAUUUAUGGUUAUGAAAGCGCCGGCUAAUCUCAACAUUGGGAAAGGGAUGAUAUGAGAGAAAUGCAAUUUUCUGUUUUUGCUUGAUUUUUUUUAUUAGUUUUGAGAUAUAAGGGGAUUUAGAUAGAUGAGGGGUUGAAGAUGUCAUUGGACGUAAAGAUUCGAGUCAAACGUAACAGAGUGCGUGAUGCCCUGCUGUUUGACCGACAAUACAAACACAAACAUUCGAAUUGG